AUGGCUGAAAACGUAUCAAAUUUAGAUCAAAAACAAAUGGAAAUAGAACUUACAAGGAGAGGGCUUAUUACUUCAGGAACGCUAUCCAAAUUAAGGACUAGACUCUUACAAUAUCUCAUGGGCGAAUCUAUACCCACUGAUUUUACGAAAUAUAAAACACCUACUUCCAACCAAGCAAAUAACAAUGAAAAUACCAUAAAAAUGACUAGUAAAAAACCAUAUUUCAAACCCGGAACAUUCUCGGGACUAAAUUGGGAAAAUUUUGACUCUUUUAUUAAUAAAUAUAAUAUGUCUGCAUCAAUUAAUGACUGGUCUGAAGAAGACAAAAUUCGAUAUUUCCCGGGUUUUCUAGAAGGUACCGCAUUGAAAGCAUAUGAAAAUAUACCAGAUAACAGUAACAUAAAAACUAAAUGGUCAAAUUUAGAAAAACAUUUUCGAAUACAAUUUGAACCUACCGCCUUAAUUGACAUUCUUCGUUCUCAAUUAGAAAAAAGGAAACAACUAGAUGACGAAAAACCCAUCACAUAUAUAACUGACAUAGAAUAUCUAUGCAGACGUGUUGACCCCUUAAUGAAACAACAGGAAAUAAUACGCAAUAUUAUGAAGGGCCUUAAAUCAAAUAUUAUUAGAUAUGUAGGUUUUAUGGACAACAAUACCGUAGAAAAUCUUAAAUUUAAUAUUCAGAAAUUUGAAAAAAUUGAAUUUAUGGCGAGCGGUAGUCUAUGCGAUCAAUCACCAUUAAAAAAUAAGGAAUCUAUAUUUAAAGAAGAAAUUUUUAAAAUUAAUGAAACUAUAAAAACAUUAAAAGAAAAUAAUGAGAAACUAAUAAAAGAUUUACAAAAUUCAACUAUGACCGAAAAUAUUAAUAAAAUAACAAGUCAAUUUAACGAUAAAUUUAAUACUCUUAGCGAACAGUUUAAAUCACAAAACACUCAACAACCAAAAAACACUCAAAAUUUCAGAAAUAAUAAUAAUACUGCGCGCUAA